CAAAGAUGGCACCCAAGAGGCAAAAAAGUCCAUCAAGAAAAACAGGUGUUAAAGGAAAAGUCAAGAAGAAUCUGCCACCUUCACCUAUGGAAAAGCCUGAUCACCCUGAUGACAUCUACCCCAUCGUCCUGACAACAGCCACCCAGGAGCUCUUUGAAUGCUGCAUUGAUGAGGAUGUCACAGAGCAGAGCCCUUACAAGCUGCUGAAAAAGGACGACAUCAUACAGGAUAUUAAGACAAGAGCCGCAGUGUCCGAUUUCCACCCUGUGAAGCAGUUUGUACUGGACUACCCAGAGGAUGAAAUAUUGCUUGUUUUUGAUGUAGAUUUCACCUAUGGACAGAGUUUUUACCUGGUUCUCACACCAGAAGCCAAGGCUAGAGUUCUGCAGCCCCCACAACCUGAAAUAAUAGUGUUGGAGGAUGAUGUCAGUAAAACCCCAGAACCAAAGCCAUGGAUAUCUCUCGGCAGUGAGCUGGAAGUAGAUCAAGAGUCUGUCAAAGAGACCAGAGAAAAGCUGUGCUACAAGUUCGACUUAAAGCGCAGACCGGGGUUACCCGUCAGUUUUUCUGACCGCAACAGUACAGAGGCUGAGUGUCGCUCCGUGGAGUGUCCUUCCUACCAAGACAGCAGGUUCAGCAUCAAGCAGAUGCAGAGGGACUGCGGGAUGCAGGCUGUUCCCAGGCUGCAGAGCAGCACUACUCAGACGGAGCGGCCGUUUCAGAGGAAUAUGUUUACCCAGUAUGAACCAAGAGAGCUAAGUGAGAAAGAAAAAGAAAGCAUCCUCAGUUCUGAGAAACUGAAGAAGUUUCUCAACUCAGUGACCCCCAGGGUCUUGCAUGCCUUUCAGCAGGCACACAUAAUGAAUGUGUUCACUGAUGACUUUAAUGCCUUGGGCAUAGGAGCAGAAGCUUCUGACAGGUUGGUGAUGGUUUCUGAAGGUCUGAAGCUUCAAUGGACCUUCACAGACGAGAAGCGCGCCAUGGGGAAGAAAAUCAGCAGCGUCAGCUGGCACCCUACAAUCCAUGGUCUGAUAGCUGUGACUUUUAUAAAGAAACAGGAGGAGCAGCUGGAUAAGUCCACUGCGUACAUCAACAGUCCUGCUUUCAUUGUCUUCUAUGGCUUCCCCGAUCAGUCUAACCCCCGGUUGCUCUUGGAGUGCCCAGAUGACAUUUUUGCCUUCGAGUUCUGCCCUUCGAAUCCAAAUGUUAUUGUUGGUGGCUGCAGGAAUGGCAAGGUGGUGUUGUGGGACAUUUCUUUUCACGUCCCGCACUUACAGGGAACACGGCCUAACAGUAAAAAAGGCUCAGACUCCGACUCUGACACUGACACAUUUGACUUGGGUGACAAAAAAGAGAACAAGACUCCUGUCAUGCGCUACUGUGCAGUUUCUUCCAUAGAAAGCAGCCACAAAUCCCCAGUUACUGAUGUGCAGUGGCUGCCGAAAACAUUUGAGGUGACCAGGACAGGCGUUCCAGUUCAAAACAAUUCUAACAUUUCUGUUCAAGUUGUCACCUGCUCCCCUGACUGCACUGUCAUGUUUUGGGAUCUGCGAGUGCCAAAACUACAGAACCAGUUUCUGGCAGACAGGAAGCAAGAUGUGGAUCAGAAGACCAUGAUGACACCCUACAGCAUCCCCAAAACUUUCAAACACCUGGACCGGAUAUGGAAACCACUCUUCAGGGUUUCCCUGCCAAAGAUCGAUACAAGUGGAGAGUUUGCUCCUUUGAAGUUCAGCCUAGAACAUUACACCUGUAAUAGUAAUACAGGUAGGAACACAGAUAAUGAAAAUGAUGGCGCAGAGGUCCUCCCAGAAUACAGUCAACUCAGAAUACCCUCAGCCAAAACGCUCAGGACCCUGGACGAUGUCAAUACCAAGUUUUAUGUUGGAACAGAGGAAGGAGAGAUUGUCUACACUGACUGGAAACUGGAGGAAGAUGAGUUUGGACGAAAGUUCAGUGCCAAGCCCCUCCUCUGUUUUAGAACUCAUGCCUGGUUUGUGAACACAAUGCAGCGAUCACCCUUUUUCAAAGACAUUCUUUUGACAACAGGAGGCUGGAACUUUGCCAUCUGGAAAGAGGGUGUAAUGGGUGGCCCAAUCUUCGUGGGACCAAGCUCUGAGCAAGAGUACAGUGCGGCAUGCUGGUCCCUCUCCCGACCUGCGGUUUUCUUCAUUGGGAGAAAUGAUGGCAGUAUCGAGGUGUGGAACCUGCUCCUAAACACCAGCGAACCUACACACGUCCAUGAACACGUCGCCAGUACCAGAAUUACCUGCAUCAAACCCUGUAUCGCCUCCUCCAAACAACACUACCUGGCUGUUGCUGACAACCUUGGAAUGCUCCGUGUUUUCAAUGUGCCAAAGGCCCUCCGCUCCCCCGUUAAAAAUGAGGAUUUAAACAUGCAGAUCUUCUUUGACCGAGAGCAUGACAGGCUGAAGGAUUAUUUGGAGUGGGAAGAACAGUGGGCGAAACAGAGAAAGGAGGCAGGCGAGUCCAAGAAACAAGUGGAGCCUGACAAGCCAGUCACAUUCCAGGUAGACAGCGAGGAGGCGGACUUGAAGGAGUACAGUGAUUACCUGAAACUGGAGGAAAGCAUCCUCGAGUAUAUGGGCCUGUGGCCACAUGCUCCAAAAACCUAG